GGGAAAGUUAUUUUUAGAUUUGUUGCACUAUUCGACCUCUCACUUUUUAAUCGACCUCAAAACGAUCACCAUUACCUUCCACGAGAAUUGGAUCAUCUAGUUUGUCAUGGCCUGCUGCUCAUGUCCCCCUGCACAUCCGCUACGCCCUCUUUCUGCAAUUCAUGAUUCAAUCUUACACAUCAACGUUCUCCCUUCACAACAUCUCAUUUAAAUGUCGACAGCCGUCAAAGGUCUUAUCUCAGCCUGCCAUGUCGCCAUCUUUAUCUACGGCUUCCAGCUCCAGAGGAACGAUAGGGAGCUCUCCGACAUCAAUACCAUUGGAUUCUCAAUCUACUGCUCCAGAGGAGCGGCCCUCUGCCUCGCAUUUGACAUGACCUUGAUCAUGUUGCCAGUCUGUCGCAAGCUGCUUUCGUAUAUCUCGCGCAUUAUCUUUGCCCUCCUCCACAUCGGCCAGGGUACCAUCUCUGAAGGUGAUCAUUCCGGCCUGACCAACUACCACAAAUACCUCGCCUACCAUGUUCUCGUCUUCCUCGUCAUCCAUGUGCUUGGUCAUUGUGUCAACUUUUAUCGUCUGGAGCAAUUGGGACGAGGCAGUGCCAUGUCGUACCACUUUGGUACCUGGGCUGGAGUCACAGGAUACUGGAUGCUGCUCUUACUCGGCAUCAUGUUCAUCACUGCCCACAGGAAUAUUCGGAAGAGAAACUACGAGGUAUUUUGGUACACGCACCAUCUCGCACUCUUCGUCAUGGCAUUUUUUGCCUUCCACGGCUAUGGCUGCUUUGUCAAGACAAACGAGGGCCAGUGUCGAGGCUACGGGUCAUGGAGAUACGUCGUUCUGACAUCGCUGAUCUUCCUGACUGAACGAGCCCUCCGCGCUUUCGAAUCAAGACAGCCUAUUGCUCUUUCAUCGGCCAUUGCACAUCCGGGAGGUGCAAUUGAACUCAACUUCAAGCAGCCAUCGAUUCAUUACCGACCAGGACAGCACCUGUACCUCAACAUACCCCAAUUGUCGAAGUACGAGUGGCACCCUUUCACCAUCACCUCCUCGCCCAUCGAGCAAUACAUUUCGCUGGAUAUUCGACAGGAUGGCGACUGGACAGAACAACUCGGGCGAUUUCUCGGUCAUGGACCGGAGACGCCUCGACUGGAGCAAGCGCAGGUGGUUCGAGAUCGAUCUCUGCUACCCUUGAUUAGAGUCGACGGCCCUUAUGGCGGCCCCAAAGAUGACGUCCUGAACUUUGACCAUGCGGUUCUAAUCGGGACAGGGAACGGAAUAACGACCUUUUCAGGCAUCCUUCGACACAUUUGGUUUCGGCAUCAGGAAACCCAGAGCUCUCGAUUAAAGACAUUGGACCUCUAUUGGGUAUCGCGCGACACCAACAAACUGGAAUGGUUCCAAUCCUUAUUCUCUAUGGAGCAAACGAUGGAACUCUUCAGAACAGGAUUGAUCCGCAUUCACAUCUACUUUACGUCCUCCAGGCCAGUGCGCAAUUUACCCCUCAGACGUAGCUCCACGAUCCAGAGCUCUAAGACCGGAACCGGCUCUCACCCUCUGCCGUUGAUACAGACAGGAAUUACCAUACAGGGGCGAUAUUCAGAGGACGAUGACGAGCAGGGGGAGCACGAGGAGCUGCUGUCACCUCUGGACCGUCCGGCUGGCUCAGAGUCCCUCAUCUCUCUUACAUCGGUAAGGUCGCCACCGCAAUCUAGGUCAGAUGCUAUGAUUAAAACAUCAGCGGCAGAUACGAGUGCGAUAAUGAGGAUAUCAGAAAGUAUGGAACAAGGCGAGCCAAUCAUUGGACCUGGUAACAUACACUUUGGACGACCUGAUUUCGCAUCUGUGUUCGGCACUAUGAAGAGUAGGCUGGCGCGAGAUGGGGACGCUGUUAGAUCAGUUAAAGUAGGGGUGUUUUAUUGUGGAUCCCUAGGCCUGGGAAGGACCUUGGCACGCGAGUGCCGACACUGCAGCAGCUCCCGUAUCAAGUUUGUCUUUUCCGAAGAAUAAAUCAACCGAAUAGAUCAAAGAUUGGAUUGAGCAAUGUUCGCAGUUGGUGGCAAACGGGUACCACUCACGUGAGAUUCUGAUUCCGCCCUGUUUUGGCCG